AGGAAACAUAGAUGCGUCGAGAUUAGUCGAAGUUAAUCGAGGUGACGUGUGACGUGUCGUAGUGUCUUUCCAUUUUUCGAAAUUUUAUUCGUAAUAAAAUGAUUGCGUUUAAACGCGACAAGAAGGAGGAAGAAGAUGGUGGUGGGAAUCCUUUUCAAAACUUGGAAAAGACUACGGUUCUUCAAGAAGCACGUACAUUUAAUAAUACACCGGUAAAUCCAAGAAAAUGCGCCCACAUUCUUACCAAGAUCUUGUAUCUGCUCAAUCAGGGUGAACAAUUGGGUACAAUGGAAGCCACAGAGGCUUUCUUCGCUAUGACCAAAUUAUUUCAAUCACGCGAUGUCAUAUUGAGACGACUAGUUUAUCUGGGUAUCAAAGAAUUAAGUUCUCUAGCCGAGGAUGUAAUUAUAGUUACUUCCAGUCUUACAAAAGAUAUGACAGGAAAGGAGGAUUUAUACAGAGCUGCUGCCAUUCGGGCACUUUGUACCAUUACCGAUGGCAGCAUGUUGGCAGCCAUUGAGCGAUACAUGAAGCAAGCCAUAGUUGAUCGUUCACCAGCUGUAUCCAGCGCCGCUCUUGUCUCCUCUCUGCAUUUGACGAGCGUGUCUGGCGACGUUGCGAGGAGGUGGGCAAACGAGGCACAAGAGGCAUUAAAUUCUAAUAAUGUAAUGGUUCAAUAUCACGCUUUGGGUGUUCUGUACCAAGCGCGUAAGACGGAUAAGCAUGCAGUGAUCAAGCUGGUCGCUAAACUUAUGAAAACUAGCCCAAAGAGCCCUUAUGCAGCGUGCAUGCUAAUUAGAAUGGCAUAUAAAUUAUUAGAUGAAGUAGACGAAGGUGAGGAAUUGAUAGGUUUCAUCGAAUCGUGUCUACGUCAUAAAUCCGAAAUGGUGGUAUAUGAAGCGGCGCACGCUUUGGUCAAUCUUGGUCGAAGCGGUGCCAGAGAGAUCGGACCUGCAAUUAGCGUAUUGCAACUGUUUUGUGGCUCACCGAAACCGGCGCUUCGAUUUGCUGCUGUUAGAACUUUGAACAAGGUCGCGAUGUCUCAUCCAGCGGCAGUCACUGCGUGUAAUUUAGAUCUGGAAAAUUUGAUUACAGACUCAAACAGAUCGAUUGCCACUUUAGCGAUCACUACUCUUUUAAAAACUGGUGCGGAAAGUUCGGUGGACCGUUUAAUGAAGCAGAUUGCUACAUUUGUGUCUGAAAUUUCAGAUGAAUUUAAAGUAGUAGUGGUACAAGCUAUCAGAGCUCUGUGUCAAAAGUUUCCUCGUAAGCAUGCAGUUUUGAUGAACUUUCUCUCUGCCAUGUUAAGAGACGAGGGGGGACUCGAAUAUAAAGCGGCGAUCGCCGAUACUAUUAUAGCUGUAAUGGAAGGGAAUGCGGAAGCUAAGGAAGCGGGACUCGCGCAUCUCUGCGAAUUUAUCGAGGAUUGUGAACACAUUUCCCUCGCCGUUCGUAUUUUGCAUUUACUUGGUCAGGAAGGUCCAACAUCGAAACAACCGUCGAGAUAUAUCCGUUUCAUUUAUAAUCGCGUUAUCCUCGAAAGUGCCAGCGUGCGCGCCGCAGCCGUUACUGCUUUAGCGCGUUUCGCCGCCGCUUGUCCGCCUUUGCUUCCGAAUGUAUUAGUGCUGCUGUCGCGCUGUCAACUGGAUUCGGACGAUGAGGUUCGCGAUCGUGCGGCUUACUACUGUACGAUCUUACAGCAGCAAAACGAUCCGACUAUGCUGCCGUUAGUACAACCACCUGCGUUGUCCGUGCCAACCCUAGAAAGAGCUUUGCGAAAUUAUAUGCAGACACCUAUGGAAGAAUUGUUCGAUAUUUCUCAGAUACCUCCAGCUCAGACGAUAGAGGAACCAGCCCAAGUGGAAGUGCAUACCACUAUCAAGCAGCCUCGUUUGACCAGAGAGGAAAGCUUUAUGGAGAAAUUAUCACAAAUCCCGCAUUUAGCUAUAAUUAUUCGAGAUACGGCGCUCCUUAAAUCUUCGUCAGUGUUCGAACUAACUGAAUCCGAAACAGAGUACAAUGUCAAAUGUAUCAAGCACACGUUUCCCGAAUAUCUCAUCUUGCAGUUUGAUUGUGUCAACACUCUUUCUGAUCAGCUCCUCGAAGAUGUGGUGGUAGCUGUAGAACCUUCUGAAGGUUACUCUGUUGUAUGUGUGGUACCAUGUCCACGAUUACCGUAUAACGAGCCAGGAACCACUUAUACAGUAUUAAAAUAUCCAGAGGAUGUGCAUGCGAGCGUUGCUACCAUUCCUACGACUCUUCGAUUUAUGGCGAGGGAUUGCGAUCCAACGACGGGAAUACCAGAUGCAGAUCAAGGAUACCAUGAUGAAUACAUGUUGGAGGAUUUGGAGGUGACUCUAGCCGAUCAAGUACGUGGCGUUGGUAACAGAGGCUUCGACUUUAAUACCGCUUGGGAUACAUAUGCUGCAAAAGGAUUUGUCAAGCUAGAGGAGACAUUCGCCUUGGGAGCUUCGGUAACUUCUUUAGAAGGAGCGAUUCAAAGUCUUACAGGAUUUCUAGGCUUGGAGGCUGUGGAACGCAGUAACAACGUACAAAGUGGAGCAGCUGCGCACAAUUUGCUCUUAAGCGGUGUCUUUCGAGGGGGAAAGGAAGUAUUAGCACGUGCAAGAUUAGCACUAAAUGGAACUCAAGUUACAAUGCAGCUAUCUGUUCUUUGUCAAGAUCCAGAUGUUGCUGAUUUAAUAGUCUCGUCUGUAGGAUAGAUUAUAUAGAAUAAUUUUUAUGAUGCAAUAUUAUCCUUUUUAUUUUGUGUCUUAGAGUUAAUAUAUGUAUAUUAUCUGACCUUAUCUUACCUUUUCAUCAAGGAAUACAAUAAUCAUUGAACCUCCUAAUAUAUACAAAGCAACAUAGAUAUAUUCUUUAUAUUGAUGAUCAAAUUUCAUACUAUACAGAGUAGUCUGUGUUAUUAAUUAUGACAAAACAUUACUGCAAAACAUGAUAUUGUCUAUGUAAAAAAAAAAAAAAAUAAUAAAUAAAAGUCUCAAAAACACAAUAAAA